AUAAUAUUAACAACAAUAAUAAUAAUAAUAUAAAUCCAUGUAGUAACAAUAGUUUUAGUACCAACAAUUGUAAUAACUUUAAUAACACAUGCUGCAGCUUCAGUUGUAAUAUUUAUGAUUAUUAUGAUAUUUUGAAAAUAGAAGAAUUAAAAGAUUUUUUAAAAGAUUUUAUUUUAAGAAAUAAAAAAAUAAAUAAAGAAUUCUUUGAUACCAUCGAAGAAGAUAUGAUUACGUGGAAAAAGAUAUUUUUCUUUGGACAUAAAAAAAAAGGUCCCGAAUUUUUGGACUUUUUAUUAUUAUAUGUUUUAAAAAAGCAGAAUAUUCAUUCCAUCGAAGAAACACGUUAUAGAAAUUUACAUAAUUGGUUUCUUAAGAAUAAAAUAUAUGAUAUAUCAAACGAUAAGAAGGAAGAUAAUACACAUAAUCCAUCCAAUACUAAUUUUAUUCAACAAAUUAUUGAAGAAGAUUUAAAAAAUAAAAAACAUACACAGGUUAUUACUAGAUUCCCUCCUGAACCUAAUGGUUAUUUACAUUUAGGACAUGCAAAAAGUAUAUGUUUAAAUUUUGGUUUAUCCAAUAAAUAUGGUGGUAGAACCCAUUUACGUUUUGAUGACACGAACCCAGUUACCGAAGAAAUUAGAUAUAUAGAAUCCAUAAAAGAAGAUGUCAAAUGGCUAGGUUAUGAUUGGAAAGAACAUUUAUAUUUUGCUUCGAAUUAUUUUGAACAAUUAUAUGAAUGGGCCAAAAUACUUAUCAAACAAGGAGAUGCAUAUGUAGAUGAUCAAACUAUUGAAGAAAUACGAAAAAAUAGAGGAAAUCUAAAAGACCCAGGAGUUGAUUCACCUUAUAGAAAUAGAAGCGUAGAAGAAAAUUUACAACUAUUUGAAAAUAUGAAAAAUGGUUUAUAUAAAGAAGGGGAAAAGGUUUUAAGAGCUAAAAUAGAUAUGAAAUCAGGAAAUAUGAAUUUAAGAGAUCCAAUAUUAUAUCGUAUUAUGUAUAAAAUACAUCCGAAAACAAAAAAUAAAUGGGUUAUAUAUCCUAUGUAUGAUUAUGCUCAUGGGCAAUCAGAUUCAAUCGAAAAAAUUACACACUCUAUAUGUACAUUAGAAUUCGAAACACAUAGACCUUUAUAUGAAUGGUUUCAAGAAAAAUUACAUAUUUUUAAAACUAGACAAAUUGAAUUUGCUCGUCUAAAUGUAACAUAUAUGGUUAUGAGUAAAAGAAAAUUGUUAACCCUAGUUAAUGAAAAAUAUGUUAAGGAUUGGGAUGAUCCUCGUAUGCCGACCAUAUCAGGUAUGAGAAGAAGAGGUUAUAGUCCAGAUGCUAUUAAGGAUUUUUGUAAUAAAGUUGGUAUAGCCAAGAGAGAAAAUAUGAUUCCUCUUGACUUACUUGAAUUCUGUGUACGUGAAGAUAUGGAUAAAAAAGCAACUAGGCUAUUUGCUGUACUCAAGCCGUUAAAAGUAAUUAUAACAAAUUAUAAUGACACUCCUGAUUAUGCACAUAUCCACAAUCUAGUUGCUAGUAAUCAUCCAAAAAUGGAACAAAUGGGUUCUAGAAAUAUGAAAUUUGAAAAAGAAAUUUUUAUUGAUCAUGACGAUUUUCAAGAAAUACCCCAAGAUAAUUUCUUUAGACUAGCACCUAAUAGAACUGUUAGAUUAAGAUAUGCAUUCUGCAUUACUUGUAAUGAAGUUAUUAAGGAUGAUCAAGGUAAGGUGAUUGAGUUGAGAUGUACCUACGAUCCGAGCAGUAAAAGUGGGAUCUGUACCAAUCAAAAGAAAGAUAAUGUCAAUGGACAAAGUGCUGAUCGGGAUAAUACAACACAAGGAGAUAACAAAAAAGUGAAAGCUACCAUUCAUUGGUUAUGCGCAAAAAAUUCGAUUCAAGCAGAAUUCAGAAUGUAUGAUAAAUUAUUUACAAAACCAAACCCAGAAUCUAACGAAGACACUGAACUCGUUCAAAAAAUCACAUCAACAGCACAUCUUGAAAACAAUACAAACAACCAAGGUAAUGGUAAAGAUCAAUAUGCCUCUGAUACUUUACUACAAGAUGA